CCUGCUCUGUACUGUGGUCCUUGAUAAGCCAGGGUGAUACAUGUAUAAAUAAUUGAUAAAAUAAAACAAACGAGAUUAACACCUAUAUUGUAUACCAAUAAACAUUCGCGAAUCAGGUAGAAUAAAUUAUUCAUCAGUGAGAGAAAAAAAGCGAUACAUCAUAACAAAACGUCAAUCUGUUCGAUAGAGGGCGCAUGGCCUUCAAUUACACUGGUCAUCAGGAAGAAGACCCUCUGGUCUUUUCGAGCAAAGACCGGCGGUGAUGUUCAUAUAGAUUGUUUUCUACUGGAUAAAGUUGAUAUGAGUUAACAUUUGUUGUGAAAAUAUCGUUCGAAAGCUAGAUUAUAAUUAAGUUGACAUUUUCCGGAUUAUUUUGUGAAAACAUGGAUUAUUUAAAAAGAAAUUCACUUUUCCGCUCGAUGUCAAUGUCUAUGAAGGACAAGGGUCAUAAUCAGGAAGGACAUGUCAGUAGGCUUCCAAAGGAUUCCAAGAAACCGGUUAGUUCCUCGCUGGAUAACAUGGUACUGGACAUGUCACGUAACACACUAGAGGAAUUGUUCCCCGGAGGAAAUGGCUCCUUCAGUCGGACAGAGGGAAUGCAGUGUUUGAUCAUUCCUGACAAAGUUCUCCUUACUGAGAUUGUACGUCAUCAAAGGUCAUUUUCGUUAAACUAUGGGUGCGAUCAUUGUAAUCAUGAACCAGUAAAGCCAAAUGACAGAAAACUGCCACUUUCCCGGAGCUCAAGUCUGAAAACACCAACCAGAAAAAGUCUGGCAAAUGCAGUCGUAUCUUCAUCAAAGACACAACCAAGAGACACUAAAAAAAUACCACGCUCACAAACAAUCCACUCAUUUAGCCCCGAAGAAAGAAAAGACGAAUCUGAAGUCCAGUUGAGAAGAUGUCUGUCUUUGUAUGAAAGAAAAAGAACCCCGCAUACAUGUUGCCACAACGACCAACCAGAACGUAAUUCGAAACCUAAAUCAAAUGGGAAUAAUCCGAGCCUAAGAGAAAGAAAAUUAUCUAAGGAAACCUCAACUCGAACCCGUACUUCUAGUAGCGUUUCACUCGAUUCUGUCGGUGUAAGUAAUGGACGCGGAAGUAGUAUGAGCGUGACAUCAAAAACUUCCUCCGAUUAUGAUUCUGAGAAUUCUUCACACAAAGCGAAGGCUGCAAACAAAAGCAAAUGUAAAGAAGUAGAAACAUUGAAAUCGGCUCGACCGAGUCAAAUUCCACGACCGGUAACUCCUGGCAGGGAGCUGGCUAAAAGACCCAGAAGUUUCACUGUAAGUGGAACAAAUGUCGCAGAUAUGGAAUCAUCAGAUUACAAAAGAAAUUACCCUAAAGGUUUAAAGAAAUCUCAGUCGUUCAGAGAGAAAACAAAAUCUGGACUUUACAGGUCUGCGCCAUCUUCUGCUGUUCAGACUCCUACAAAUGCUUGGCGCGAAAAUGUAGCUUCUUCUCAGCACACACGUGACCUUUCUGAUUAUCUAAAGAGUCUUGAUGUUGAUGCUAUGAAAUUGCCGGAAAGGAAGAAAGCGGUUCCCGAUGAAGAAGACGGUUACCCUGUUCCACAACCACCAAGCAAAACACGGGCUGAUAUAUAUAACCCCAAAGAUUUUGUGCAUAUAGACCAGAAGGUAGCGGAGGUUACCAACGUGUCACUGCUAAAUAGUUUUGACGAGCUGUUAAGAAUUUUGUUGGAAGACCUUUCCACUGACAUUGCCAAAGUUCGAGCUUUAUACUGCUGGCUGGUAACUCAACAAAUACCACUGAGUGUACUUCCGGCGUACCGGAGCUUGCACACACCACGUGGAUUUCUCUUCAAUAUCGGACAAAACAAAGCAACCUAUGCUGAAUUGUUUGCUAAGUUAUGCAGAAAAGCUGAUAUAAUGUGCACUGUAAUACAUGGGAUAGGAAAGGGUGUAAAUUAUAAAGCUGGUGAUAAAGUAACUCACAAAAAAUGUAAAAACUCCUGGAAUGCAGUAUACAUUGAGGAAGGCUGGCACCUAGUUCAUCCAUACUGGGCCACACAUACGGUCAACGGCUAUCAAACAGGACGCUGGACAAUUGUCGAAAGCGACACGUUUCAUACGGAUGAUAAUAUUCCAGAUAUGAAACGUGAAGUUGAACAGAAUGAUUUCUAUUUCUUGACCGAUCCUGAUAAGUUUAUCACAAAAUGCUUUCCUGAUGACGAUCUAUGGCAGUUGUUACAUAAACCGUUAUCAAAGCCCGAAUAUGAAGAUUUACCCUUCUUACAGGCAUCUUUCUAUGACUUAGAAUUGUCAGUUCAAGGUAAUCAUUCAUGUACAGUACGUUCAAAUAAUGGAAAAGCGGAAGUGAAAAUCGGCGUUCCGUCUGACAGAGGAAAGCGGUAUAAAUUUGGUUAUAAGCUUUUUGCACGACACCAAGUAGAAUCAGAAGGUGAAUAUGACGUUAUGCUAUUAAGUCGAUAUAUUCUACAUUACGUCCAUGAAAGCACUGCCGUGUUCGAGCUCCGGUUUCCUAUCAUUGGUGUUUUUAAUCUGGAGAUACAUUGCACAGAUCCAAAACGACCUUUGAAGACUGAUUGGAUAUGCGACUAUAAGAUAAUUUGCUCCGAAGUAAUGCCAGAAUGUGAACCAUUGCCGAUUGUUCCACAUAUCGUAUGGGGUCCCGGAGAAGCUCUGGAUGAAGUUGGAAUGGAAAGUCUCAGUUUCAAACAACCAAUUGUAAGUUUAGAUGAUGAUACUGUAACACAUCUACGCUUUGCUAUGCCAAAAGACAAAACAAUUGAAAUGGAAGCAGAUUUAAUUACAAAUAACCAAUCAUCAGAUGAGUUAUGUAGUCAUGUUGUCACAGAAACGGACGAGGACACGGUGAUUGUAAAGGUAUCACCUCCAGGGGAAGGGGAAUAUGCAUUGCAGAUUUACGUGAAAGAGGAGACGGGGGACCGCAAGAAUGUUUGCAACUUUCUAAUGCACAGGACGCAAAUUGUUGAGGACCCAGAAUUAGCAGACAUACGUGCAGAGCUUCUUACAGCAACUGAGAACGGUGACGUUGACAUACUGUCACACUGGUUAGACAAGUUUAAUGAGCAUAAUAUGGAAGACCGUGGGGACCUUUCUUUGGCCAAGAAGAAGCUUCAAGCGCUGAGGUUGAACAGAGAUAUUCGCGAGGCAAUGGAUAGAAAAGACCUUGAUCUUUUAGAGAAACUUCUUCACAGCUCUAGUGCUAGCGAUAUCAGUAUUCGACAAAGUCUUGGCGACCUUGCUGUUAAGGUAGAGGCGGUUAGAUCCCGACUCCGACGUCUGAAACGAUUGCGGCACGAGGUUUUAGCUAUGGAUCAGAAAACUAUAUCUGAAAUGAGGAGCUAUCCGAAACCACCUCAACCGGUACAUAGUGUAAUGGCCGCAACUUUCUUGCUACUAGGGAACAAGGAGUCUGACUUGAAGAAAUGGUCAAAGAUACAAAGUCUGAUAAUGAAGAAAGGGAAAGACGCGUUAAAGCGGCGAGUGGCUGAGUUCAGCAUUGACAAAGUUUCCCCGGCAGUUUUGGAACGUGUUCACUCUAUCCUGUCAGGUUUCGAUCUGGAGACUGUUCAGAUAGCCAGUGCUGGAGCCGCUACAUUCUACCAAUGGGCAAUCACUAUGGCCGGGGAAGCUGAACACUUGGACUAAACGUGUUGUUACUUUGCCUAGAUGGACUUCAAAAAUACGAACACAACAAUAAACAGUUUAUAUUUUGAAAGAAAAAAAACACGUUACAUGUAAUUUUUAUUCACAAAUAAUGUAAAUAAUAAAAAUAUCGUUAGAUAUCAAA